UGAGGGACGAGGAGACAGGCGGGUAAAAACCGCGUCUCCAUAAUGCAUACAGACUGAGCCAUAAAGCAGCAUAGCUACGUCGAUGGGGAGGAGUAGUGCUGAUGCAAACAUGCGGGGUGUGACCGUAAGGAUGAUAUGUAUCCAUGUUACAAAAGCUGCACGCAAACAAACAUGACUUUUGUUGAAAUGCUCGUCUUAACUUCGCAGCCUCGUCAGUCGUAUUCCAACGGGGGCACGGUCCACAUCCGCGACUCUCAGUCACCGUGGGUGAAAACAUUUCACAAUGAAUUAGUCAACUCGGUUUGUCACAUUGCUGGUACUCAGUUGAUUUAGCGUCAUCUCGGUGAACGUUUCCAGGAGAUGGAGAAGUUUCCUGACGAUUCUUCACUGGCACUCCGCUAUUAAGAGGAAUGGUGUUCUUGUAUUAGAGAAAGAGAGACGACUAGAUUUGAAAUCAGCGAUUCGGCUAAAACAAAGAACUCGGGAGAGUGUACAGUGCUAACACAUCGGUGCAAGGGUAAAAACCAACAUUAGUAUUUACAAUCUCUUUCUCGCUCUCUCUCCAUAGGAUAUGGUAUUCUUUAUUGAUUUGCCCAGCUGGGAGCCAACGGAUGUAAGUUACAUCACUCCGUGUGUUCUGUUCGGACAUGUGGACAAAGUGGUUUCUAAUUAGCGGUGCUUCGAUGCUAAAUGAAGGACAGUGAGUUGUCACGGAUAGAACUUCAUUAAAAUAGUUCAUUGGGAACAAGCUGAUAUUAAAGACAGUUUGCAUUAAACAGAUUGAGUUGUGUUUGUUUGGAGUCGCUAUGGAUUAUCUCAACUCCAACACAACGGGCCUUGGGAUGGAUGACGUGAACACGACCAGAACGUCACCCAACGAAUCAUUCGCCUUUCCCCCAAGUGGUUACCAUAUAGCACACAUCGUCGUCUGGAGUAUAGUAGUUGGACUCAUCGUCAUUGGGAUUGUGUUUGGCAACGCCCUCGUCUGCAUAUCGGUGUGUAGAGUCAGGGCCUUAAAAGGUAUACAGUACAGGUUCCUGGUAUCGCUUGCCCUGGCAGACUUAAUGGUUGGAAUCUUAAUUGUGCCGCUGAGUAUAGCGAAUGAACUACUUGGAUGUUGGGUGUUUGGGACCUUUCUCUGUCUGAUUUGGAAGGUCAUUGACGUAUUGGCAUGUACAGCUUCCAUCCUCAACUUGUGCCUUAUCAGUCUUGACCGCUACUACUCCAUUACCAGACCAAUCAAAUACGCAAAAUGGCGAACGCAUCAACGCGCGUACAUCAUGAUCGGCGCAGUGUGGACGCUUUCUUUCAUAAUCUCCGUACCACCUCUGUUCGGAUGGCGGAAUGAAGACCGAGUAGUGAACGGUUAUUUCUUGUGUGAAGUCAGUAGUGACACCGGCUAUGUACUCUACUCGACCAUGGGGUCUUUUUUCAUCCCUGCGUUUGUAAUGGUGCUUGUGUACAUUCGGAUUUGGCAGGCGGCAAAGAAACACGCCAGGACGAGUCUCGGACAGGGUUUCGGUGACCCCAGACCAGCGACGAGUCACGCGGGAAAUUGCGCACAAUCCACCGCCUACGAAUUGGUGGACACGGAGGAGGCGUCCAGCCAAGUAGCUGGCUCCAUGCUCCGGGUGGAUCAGAACCGGAACAGUCAGAACGGUGAGAAAGGAACUCCUCGGGAGACCUUUAAAGAAGGAGGCAGCCGUAAGUACACCAGCAACUCGCUCCUCUCACCAAGCUCUGCUGCCAAUGACAUGCGACGCCGGGCAUCAUCGUGUGAUUAUCGUGAAGUAGAGAGGAAGCGCAAGAAAGUAGCCCAAGCACGCGAGAGGAGAGCGACUGUCGUCCUCGGUAUCAUCAUGGGCAGUUUCCUUGCAUGUUGGUAUCCUUUUUUCCAACUGUACGUCAUCGCUACGCUCUGUGGAGAAUCUUGUAACAUUCCCGUCUUUCUAUUCAAGUUUGUGUUCUGGAUCGGCUACUGCAACAGUGCGUUGAACCCUCUCAUUUACACCAUUUUCAAUCGUGACUUCCGUAAAGCUUUUAAAAAGGUCCUUGGCAUACGGUGAGAUUGUUCACGGUCGUGUUGUAGAACUAUCCUCCGACUCGACGGUCCUAGCAUUCUCAGCGUGAUUGCAAGGUAAUUAUUGAGCAAUCUCUCGAUGUUUAGUAAUUGGAAAACAGAUAACUCCACCACGUAUGGUGCGUCACUAAAUCGUGGCGUGAUAUAAAGCCGUAUAACCACUUUAAUGUAAUUGUAAUGUGUGAAUGGAUGUAUUCUUGAUUUGUUUGAUCAAAACCGACAUCUUAGAGUGCCACCUCUAUAUAAUAACUGGAACUUGCUAGUUCUAGAAACCUAUUUUAAAAUUCAAUACAAAAAGUCAGUACGGAGCGACCGCAGGCUCGUAAUAAGGUCAAUGUAUUAAGGUGAAUGCAUUUACAAAACACAGUCGACUUGAAGGGGGUACUUUGUACCUCUCUUGAAGCCGAGACACUGUUUCAAUGAACCAUGCAUUACAUGCCUUGUGAACGAAUAGGGAACUCACUGAUUCAGAGCAAUGUCAAGUCAUUCCACUAGCAAGUAUAUCCGGACUUCAAACGUCACAUUCAGCUAUCCAAUUAAUGCACCCAAACCAAACCGAGGCUUUGAAGAAAAUAGCCUGGUACCUGACCAACAUAAAGUAUUUAACAAUAGCAGUACUGAUCAUAGAGUCUUAUCUUUAUCAAAUUGAUUGGACAUUUGUAAAGUUAACGGUAAGCGUUUCGUAAGCGGUAAACGGUAAGCGUUGAUAAAAAAAAA